CGAGCGCGGUGCAUUGUGGGGGGAAGCACAGCUCCGGACCGUCGCCAUAUUUGCUCGGGUUUCCCUCGGUAAGAGAAAAACAGAAAAAUAGAGCAAAACUAAACCGAAUUACCGACCGAACCGGCCGUCCGAGAGCGGGUUUAUCGUGUCCAGCGUUUCCGCUGGUCCCGGGGCUCGGAGAGAGAGAGAGCGGGGGUCGGCUGUGUGUGUGUGGGGGGACUCGGGAGGAGAAUGGGGCGCUCGCGAAGCCGCAGCUCGUCCCGGUCCAAGCGCUCCAAGAGCGGCAAGCGCAGCAAGAAGCGCGAGCGGAGCGGCGGGGCGGGGAGCUCCCGGUCCCGGUCUCACUCCCGAGACCGCGAGCGCAGCAAGAAACGCUCCCGCUCCCGGGAAGGGAAGCGCAACCGCCGCAAAGAGUCGCGCUCACGGUCCCGAUCCCGGUCCAAGUCCAACAACGCGGCGGCAGCAGCGGCGACCUCGCGCAGGGACCGAGAGCGGGAGCGGAGCUCUCCACCGGAGAGAGUGGACAUGUUCGGGCGGACCGUCAGUAAGCGCGCCGCGGUGGAUGAGAAGCAGCGGAAGGAGGAGGAGGAGAGGAGAAUGGAGAUGGAGAGACAGAGGCGGAUCCGUCAGCAGGAGAUCGAGGAGCGGUUGAUUGAGGAGGAGACGGCGCGGCGGGUGGAGGAGAUGGUGGCCCGGCGAGUGGAAGAGGAACUGGAAAAGCGGCGAGACGAGAUCGAGCAUGAGGUGCUGCGCCGCGUGGAGGAGGCAAAACGCAUAAUGGAGGCGCAGCUGCUGCAGGAGCUGGAGAGGCAGAGGCAGGCUGAGCUCAGCGCUCAGAAAGCCCGCGAGGAAGAAGAAAAAUCCAAAAGGGAGGAACUGGAGAAAAUUUUGGAAGAAAACAACAGAAAGAUUGCUGAUGCUCAGGCUAAACUGGCUGAGGAUCAGCUGCGUAUAGUGGAGGAGCAGCGCAAGAUCCAUGAGGAGCGAAUGAAACUCGAGCAGGAGAGGCAGAAACAGCAAAAGGAAGAGCAGAAGAUGAUUUUGGGGAAGGGCAAGUCCCGACCCCGCCUCUCCUUCUCUCUCAAAGCAACGGACUGAUUGCUCUCCUGUUCUCUCCCCUUGUCUUUCUUCUCCUCCUCUACCUUCCUUCUCUCUACACUUCGGGAAGAGAACUUCAUUUUGAAGUCAAGCUCUGGGAGUCUCGGAGAGAAUCCAGCUCUAGCGGCUCGGAAAAAACUCUGCCCCCUCUUCCCUAACCCUUCUGUUGAGGAAAAUCUGCACCACUUUGAGGCUGAACUUUGCUGCCACCUCCACAGACUGGCUGAUGAUUUCAGUUUUAGCUGCUUUUUUUAUGUUCAAUUCUGCCACGGCUGUAUAGGAAGCUUUUUCCCCCUCCCCAAGUUUCAGGGCUUUCCGUUUUGUUGUUACUAAAAUGCUAAUGCAGAGAGAAGUGUGUGUGAGUGCGUGCGUGCCUGUGUGUGUUUGUGUGUGAGAGAGAGAGAGAAUGUGCAAGUAUGUGUGUGUGUGCUUGUGCUAAACCCUUGAAUUUGUGCAAGGUGUUUGGGAGCUCCCCUCGAUUUUGGUGGAAAGUUAAGCACAGUUGGAUCCAGUUAUGUAACUUUAAGCCAUCCAUCAAUUGAGCCCUUCUAAUGAAUAACUAUGUAUAAACCAUUUCUCAGUUAUGGGGAAAAAAUUAGUAAUAAUUAUUCAUUUUCUUAUGAAUUUAAAAACCUUUUUUUUUUUACAUUAAAAUACUAAAAUGUGCUUUAUAUUAGACUUCUGUUGCCUCAUAGACCAUUAUUUGCAGUAGUAAAGAAAUUAACUGCUUUCUCCUAAAAGGGAAAAUAUACUUUAUAUUUAGUUAUUCGUUGGAAAGGGGCAGAUUAUUUCCAAUAUAGAAAGGCAACUAAUGCAGACACAGGGCUUGGUAGGUUGGGAAGGUUGGUUAAGUAUGUGUCUGUAUAAGUACAUCAUCAACUUUGAAACCAAGGAGAGCUCCUAAAUGACCUGUGCUGCUUCACGUAAUACAUUCGUUCCCUACAAAUAUUAAUUAUUGCAAUAUGUCCCGUUUUAUGUUGUUAUUCAUGCAGUUCACUGCCCACUGUAACAGUCAGGAGAAACGGUGGCCGAUGUGCGUAAAAGACUAAUUUUAUUCAGCAGUGUAAAUUAGACUGUUUGCUUUAGACAGUACUACGGAUGAAUGAGUCGGGUGAAUGCCUACAGUAACGCAUUGGUACAUAAAGGAAAUCGGAAGACACAGGUAAGAUUGGUGUGUGUGUGUGUAUGUGUGGGUGUGUGUCUGAUAGUUAGGUGGUAUUAGAUAUUGUGGUUAAUUCCCUCCCUUGUCUUGCAAAUUGGAACUGAGCCGAUCAUCAAUAAAUCCUUUGAAUAUGA